GAAACAGCGUUCGAUCACAGGUACUGAGGGAGAGACUCAUUGAACUGGAAACUGAAAUAGCGAGAUUCAGAGCUGAAAACGCAACUCUAACUAAACUCCGUGAAGAAAGAGAGCAUGCCUUGGCAAAUAUCAGGAAAGAAAUUGCAGACUUUCAACAGCAGAAAGCCCAAGAACUGGCUGAAAUAGAAGAAUAUAAAAAGAAGGAAAUGAAAAAACUGCAAAAGGAACGUAAAGUUUUUGAAAAAUAUACCACAGAAGCUAGAGCAAUUCCAGAUAAAAAAGAACGUGAUGAAAUUCAGGCUUUAAAACAGCAGAUUGCAGAGUUACAGGAAGAUUUAAAAAGAAAAGAGGCAAAAUGGUCAACCACCCAGCGACGCCUGAGAGAUCAAAUAGAAGCUUUAGUAAAUGAGAACAUGGAGCUAAAAGAGGAAGUCAGAAUUAUGGAGAGGUUUCGUCUAGAAGCCUGGAAGAAAGUAGAAGCUGCUGGAAGCAAGAGGAAAAUAGACAAUUCUGGGAUGACUCUAAAAAGAGCAGAACCUGCAUGUCUACCAAAUAGAGGCCCAAAAAGUCAAACUGCAUCUCCGCUUCUUCCAGCACAGAAGUGUAGCAAGAUAAAUGGCAAAAGUUAUUCACAGGCAAAAGGAAAGCUUUCUAGACCACCUGCAUCGGGACCUGCUCGUGACAGAAGCAACUCUGAGACAAUGACAGCAUUAGAAGAUUCUUCUAGGACUUACAUGGACACGUCUCCUAAUGAAGCUCAUGUGUCGCUGCCACCUGGACCUGCAUAUACAGACAGUGAAGAGAUACAGAGGGAAACCGCUUAUCCUGAUGGAAAGGUUGAAAAGAUUUUGAAAAAUGGCUGUCACCUCAUAUUUUUCCCCAAUGGGACAUGGAAAAAAGUGGGUUCUGAUGGGAAGACCAUAACUAUAACCUUCUUCAAUGGGGAUGUGAAGCAGGUUAUGCCUGAUCAAACAGUGAUUUAUUAUUAUGCUGAUGCUAAGACUACACAUACUACAUACUCUGAUGGCUUAGAGGUCUUGCAGUUUUCAAAUGGACAAAUAGAGAAGCAUUAUCCUGAUGGCAAGAAAGAAAUUACUUUCCCUGAUCAAACUAUUAAAAAUUUAUUUACGGACGGGCAAGAAGAAAGUAUCUUUCCAGAUGGUACUAUUGUUCGGAUUCAGCGAGAUGGAAGCAAAACUAUAGAGUUCAAUAAUGGCCAGAGGGAACUACACACACCACAGUUCAAGAGACGGGAGUAUCCAGACGGUACGGUCAAGACUGUGUACGUGAAUGGAGAGCAGGAAACAAAGUAUGUCUCUGGGAGAGUAAGAGUAAAGGACAAGGAUGGUAAUAUUAUCAUGGAUACUAAGUUGUAG